AUGGAUUACAAAGAAACGCAAGUUCAAGAACUUGAAGCUCUGGAAGCAAUCUACCCAGGAGAGAUGGAGAUUGUAUCAGAUGAAUAUCCUAAUAUCGCUGUGAAGAUAUCAUUAUGUUCUCAUGAGAGAAAAGAAACACCUCACGCAUUCCAAGUAACAUUGUCGCUUUGGUUAUCUGUCGAUUAUCCAGAUGCCAUACCAAAAAUUGAAGUCACUGGAAUAGAAAGCAAGUUCAGUGAUGAGCGUAUCGGAAAAGUGCAAAAAAUGUUAACCAAUGUUGCGAUAGAAAAUCUUGGUAUGCCAAUGAUAUUUACUAUCGUGUCGGCUCUGCAGGACGAAAUUGGACAUUUAAUUGAAGAAUUAAAAGCCGAAGAAAUAGAAGCAGAACAGUUAGCGAUUCAAAAGAAGGAGGCUCAAGAACAAAAAAAGUUUGAAGGCACACGUGUGACACCUGAAGUAUUCCUAGCAUGGAAGAUUAACUUCGAUACUGAAAUGCAAGCUAUCAAAAAGAAAGAAAAUUUGGCAAGUUUUAUUCGUGAAAGUCAGAUUAGUGGCAAGUUAACUGGCCGACAGUUAUUUUUACGGGAUGCGACACUAAAUUUGUCUGAUGUAGCACUUAUGGAGGCAGCAGGCACUGAAAUCGGAUUUGAUGAGUCACUUUUUCAAGAGGAUGUUGGAGAUCUAAAUUCGGAUAUAAGCGAUGGUGAAGAUCAGUGA